GCACAACCAAAUCGACAAGAGAGGCCACGGCGACCAAGCUGGCAAAGCUCCCCCGAGGAAGACGACGACGACACACUAAAGCAAAGCCCACGAGCUCCCUCCUCCACGAGCUCACGCUCGUGCUCGCCUGCUCCCCUCCAAAACCCUAACCCCCAAAUCCCGGUCUCCGCUCCGAGCUGAGCUCUGCGACAAUGUCGUCGUCGUCGAGAUCGACGCGCUCCAGCAUCUCCCCAUUCCGAUCCCGCCGCUCGACUGCGAUGGCAGCGGCGGCGGCGCCCCCUCCAGCGAGGACCUGGUCGGGAGGCCGCGCGCCCACGUCAUCCUCCUCCGCGCGGCCCACCACCCCUUCGUCUUCCUCCGGUGGCCGCCCCACCACUCCCUCCGCCGCCUUCGCGCGCCCCACCACCCCUACCUCUGCCCGGCCCACCACGCCGUCCUCUACCGCCUCCGCGCGGCCAACCACGCCCUCGUCGGUUACCUCGCGAGCAACCGGGAGGGGGGCAUCCUCCGCGUCUGUGGACGCGUCCAAUGCUAAGGAGAACAUCAUGGUCACCGUCCGCUUCCGCCCUCUCAGUCCUAGAGAAAUCAACAAGGGGGACGAGGUGGCUUGGUACGCGGAUGGUGACAACAUGGUGCGCAACGAGCACAAUCCGAGUAUCGCCUAUGCUUUUGAUAAAGUUUUUGGCCCCGCGACUACAACUCGGCACGUAUACGAUGUUGCUGCCCAGCAUGUUGUAAGUGGGGCCAUGGAAGGAAUCAGUGGCACUGUUUUUGCAUAUGGUGUCACUAGCAGCGGGAAAACUCAUACCAUGCAUGGAGAGCAAAAAUCACCUGGAAUUAUCCCACUGGCAGUGAAGGAUGUGUUCAGCAUUAUUCAAGAUACACCAGGACGAGAGUUUCUUCUGCGAGUCUCAUAUCUUGAAAUUUACAAUGAGGUUAUAAAUGAUUUACUUGAUCCAAUAGGACAAAAUCUCAGAAUUCGAGAAGAUGCACAGGGAACUUAUGUGGAAGGAAUUAAAGAAGAGGUUGUUUUAUCACCUGCACAUGCACUCUCUCUAAUAGCAUCUGGAGAAGAGCACAGGCAUGUUGGAUCCAAUAACUUCAAUCUUGUGAGUAGUCGGAGCCACACUAUCUUCACAUUGACCAUCGAGAGUAGCCCUUCCGGUGAAAAUGAAGAGGAAGAAGAAGUCAGAUUGUGUCAAUUGAACUUGAUUGAUCUUGCUGGAUCUGAGAGUUCAAAGACUGAAACAACUGGACUACGUCGUAAAGAAGGUUCAUACAUAAACAAAAGCCUGCUCACCCUUGGAACUGUUAUUGCUAAACUUACAGAUGGUAAGGCUGCUCAUAUUCCCUAUAGAGACUCAAAGCUCACACGCUUACUUCAGUACUCCCUGAGCGGGCAUGGGCGCAUUUCUCUUAUUUGCACAGUUACCCCUGCUUCCAGCAACAGCGAGGAGACACACAACACAUUAAAAUUUGCCCACAGGAGCAAGCAUGUCGAGAUAAAAGCUUCUCAAAAUAAAAUAAUUGAUGAGAAGUCCUUGAUAAAGAAGUAUCAGAAGGAGAUAACCUGUUUGAAAGAAGAGCUGCAGCAACUGAGACGCGGCAUGAUGGGAAAUGGAUACAUUCUUCCAACAGAUCAGGAGGAUCUUGUUAACUUAAAGCUUCAGCUUGAAGCUGGCCAAGUCAAACUCCAGUCAAGGUUAGAACAGGAAGAGGAAGCAAAAGCAGCACUAAUGGGAAGAAUUCAGAGAUUAACAAAAUUGAUACUGGUAUCAACCAAAAGUUCGAUAUCCUCAAAUGUUUCAGAAAAGGCCAGCCUCCGCCGCCGGCAUUCAUUUGGAGAAGAUGAGCUUGCUUAUUUACCUGAUCGUAAGCGGGAGUACUGCAUGGAGGAUGACAAUGUUAGCCUUGAUUCAGAGUUUUCAGUUGAAGCAAAACUCGAUUCUAACAAUUCUGAUGAGUCUGUUAGGUUCGAUAGAAGGAAUCGUAAACGUGGAAUGCUUGGUUGGUUCAAACUAAAGAAGUCAGAUCAAUUAUCUGGAUUAUCACCUAGUGUGGAUAGCGAGAGCACUGCUAGCGGCUCACCUUCCUUCUCUAGAUCAUCACAACAAAAACACCUCUUGCUUGACAUGAAGGAUGGUCGAAGGAAAUCUGUGACUAGGAAAGUGGAAGAUCCAACACUUGCUGAUUCUUCUCUAGAGAGGACCCAAGCUGGUGAUUUAUUUAGUGCUGCACCCAGAGCACGGCACCCUCUGCUGAGUGGAACUACCAUCGUGGAUCAGAUAGAUCUUCUUCAAGAGCAGGUCAAAAUGUUGGCUGGGGAAGUCGCAUUUUGUACAAGCUCACUAAAAAGGUUGUUAGAGCAAGCAGCUAACAGCCCUGACGACUCACAAUUUCAGGACCAAAUUGAGAGACUAAAAAAUGAAAUCAAUGAAAAGAAAUCACAUAUACGUGUGUUAGAACUGCGUAUAAUGCAAUCUCUGGAAACUACUGAAGACCCAGCUAUUAGGACUGAAAUGUCCCAGACCUUUUCAAAGUUGAGCACGCAGUUGAGUGAGAAGACAUUUGAACUGGAGAUCAUGUCCGCGGAUAAUAAAAUACUUCAAGAUCAGCUACAAGCUAAGGUAUCGGAAAAUGCAGAAUUUCAAGAAGUGGUUGCACAAUUGAGGCAAGAAAUCAGUAAUUUAUUGAAGGCUUCUAGGAGUGAGAACAAUGUAACUGGUAUGCUGUUGGGUGUACCAUCAUCAAUGGGAAGAAAUGAUCCUAUGGAUCAGACAAAUGAUGUCUCAAGUCAUGAAAACAUCUCUGCUAAAACAGCUGAAGAGAAUAAGGAGUCAGCAUUAAAAUCCCAAGUGCUCAUGCAGGCCGCAGAAAUUGAGAUUUUGAAGCAAGACAAGUUGAGGCUGGCGGAAGAGAAGGAGGGACUGGAAAUUCACAGUCAGAAGCUGGCUGAAGAAUCAUACUAUGCUAAAGAAUUGGCAGCUGCAGCUGCAGUUGAACUGAAAAAUCUGGCAGAAGAAGUCACCAGGCUUUCUUAUGAAAAUGCAAAGUUGAUUGCAGACUUGACCGCAGCAAAAGAGCUUACUGCAUCAGUUGCAAGGGGCAGUACCCACAAUGACACAAAACGCUGUGAUCAUGAGGAUGUAAUCUUAGUUGAGGAGUUGCAGAAAGAAUUGGUUGCUAGUUGUCAGAGGGAGGCGGCGUUAGAGGACACACUAUCCCAAAAGUCCCGACGUGAAAAUGAGCUUUUGAAGAUAGUUGAUGAUGCGAAGUGCCAUGAGCACGAUUUGGAAAAUGAACUGGCAAACAUGUGGCACCUUGUUGCAAAGAUAAAGAAAGAAAGCUCUCAGGACGGUUUGUUUGAAUUCAAAUUGAAGGAAAAUGGCUUUCAUUCAUCCGAGACUGAUACUGGAAGAAUCAUAAGCGAAAUGGAAGCUUCAGAUAAUUGGAAAUGGGAUCGCAUCAAUACUUUGGAAGAAGCAAAAGCUGCAUACAAUUUUGAAAGAAGACGCUGCAAUGAGUUGGAAAAUGUUGUGUCUAGAUUGAAGGGUGAAGACAUCAGGGGCUUGGAGGUUAAAGUACUUGAAGAGCUUCAGAAUUUUCAUGUGGAAGCACUGUCGAGAAUAUGCCAAGAAAAGAUGGCAAAACAGAUGCUCUAGCAGGCCUUUUUCAAGCUGAGAUGUUUAUCCAUACCACAUACUGCUGCUACAGCCGAAGCAAUGUUGAUUCUAACGCGUUUUACGACUUACGACACAAGAGUAGCCACCCCGGACAGCAAAAUAUGGUUCUCAAUUCUUACCCCGAACAUUGAUCUGCCGGGUGCCUGCUCUCAUGUACAGUUUACUGGAUUAGGCAGAUGUAGUUGUAGAUUGUAUGUACUGGUAAUAGGGGCUAGCAAGGACGACGCCAAAGGCGUAGCUAAACCGGGUUUUCGGGAGUCAGGGGUGAUCCCGAGUUGAACGGAUUAAACUGUUGUUUCCGGUACCUGUAACCUGUGGGUAAACUGGUUUUUCUCUGUGCAGACGGAUGCGUCAUUCCGAGCUUGACGGAUCACGGACGAACUGUAGCUCUGACGGACUUGUGGCCUGUAGGAAAGCUACGGUUUUCGCGUCUUGCUGUUUGCAUUUUCACGUGUGA